UGUAAUCAGUUGUGUAUAGGACACUCGCGUGCGCGCGUCGAACGGUUUCUGGCUUUAUUUGGGUGAAAAGUGUGGAAAAGUGUGUCUGACGGCGAAACGGUAAACGGGGAAAACGCUGCGCGGUUUUUGCUGCUCUCGAGUUUUUUUUUCUUCUUUUUCUGGAUUUCACAUGAAAACAAAGCAACAACAAUCGUUGAGACAGGGACCUUAAGUUUUUCGAUAUAUCUAGUUAAAUGUAAUAAACAAAGAAAGAAAAAGUUAAAUAAAAUAAAAGUGAGCGCCAAAUUAUGGAAAUAAAUAAAUAAGCCGAAAUCAUUAACAAAUUAAAACGAGACACGCAAAAAGAGGGCCGAAAAACAUAUUAAUAUCGAAAGGAGUCAAGUGUUUUCGAGGAGCUGUUUGUUGGCAUGCUUUGAGGUUAAUACCACCCAACCGCCACCACCGCCACCACCCAUCCUAGCCUCUGCCUCUUCCUCAUCUCCGCUUUGGCCAAUUUCUCCGUCUGCUUUCGCCGCUUUCUUCGUCACCGCCACUGCCGUCACCAUCAAAAGGCAUCGAAGCAAUGGUUGCCUCAUUAGCGACUUAGCAGAAUGGCGCAAAGGAAACCGUAACCAAAAACCACCAAAAAAAAGGGAUACGUUGAAAGGGAUUGAGAACAGCAGCUGCUGGUGAAAAGGUGGAGAAACCAUAAAAAAAAGAGGACAAAGAAAUUGUAUACUCAGAGCGAAUUUUAGGCAUAAUGAGUUCACUUUUGGGCCCCUAGAAAACCGAGCACCUCAAAUGCAAAUUGAUAUUAAGCCGCCAAUCAUAAUCAGCACCGAAAUUAAUUAAACACGGCAACGCAGCCAGUCAACAAACAAUAAGUAAGAAGCAACCAUGGCCUCACCACCGGAGAGUCCCAUCGAGGAGGUGGUCUAUGAGUUGGAACACACACGAGUGCCUAAGCCCAUUCCCGUUGCCCUCGAGGAUCUGUGCCGGCAGACCAAGUUUACGAAGCAGGAAAUCCGGGUUAUGUACAGAGGAUUCAAAACGGAAUGCCCGGAGGGCGUGGUGCACGAGGAUUGUUUUAAGGAUAUUUACGCCAAAUUCUUUCCACAUGGCAAUUCGAGUUUAUACGCUCAUUAUGUGUUCAAAGCGUUCGAUGUUAAUUGCAAUGGCGCCAUUAGUUUUCGGGAUUUACUGGUCACCUUAUCGACCUUGCUAAGAGGCUCCGUAUACGAGCGACUGCGUUGGACCUUCAAGCUGUACGACUUAAACGGAGACGGAAGGAUCAGUCGCGGCGAACUUAGCGAAAUCAUCUUGGCCAUUCACGAGCUUAUGGGUAGGAGACCACAUCAGCCUGAGGACGAUCGCAAGGCGAGGGAUCAGGUCGAUCGUGUGUUUCGGAAACUGGACUUGAAUCAGGAUGGCAUCAUAACGAUAGAGGAGUUCUUGGAGGCCUGCCUGAAGGACGACUUGGUAACGCGAUCGCUGCAGAUGUUCGAUAACGACCUUUGAUGACAAGAGGGCGAGCUAGAGCCAGGGCUGCGCCAUUCCAGGACUAUAAUAUCUCUUAUAGAUCUUUAAUUGCAAUAAGCAACGCUAAAUGCUAAUUGACAAACCCCUUUAAAAAAACAAGAAAAAUAUUACAAAAAAAAGAGAAAGAAAACCCCAAACUAAGAUGAAGAACACCAGUGAAAUUGAAAUGGAAAACGAGGAAAUGAAACAUAUUAGUAAUUACAAUUAGUUUAGGCAAAAUAUCGAAGGAGGAAGAGGAGAUCUUUAAACUUUAUGAGUGUGUUAUUAUAUAACUAACGAUGAGGUCGUCGAAGAUUGAUUAUAAAAAGAAUAUGUAAUUUUUUGAGCAUAUUAUGAAUUUAAUCCUGCCGUGAAAAGCGAAUUGGUCUUAUAUAUAUAUGUAUUUACUAUAUAAAUAUGUACAUGUAUGAUAUAUGUAUGUGCAAAUGAAAUUCAUUUCGAGAACAAAACUAAACUAAACCACCAAACCAAAUGUUUGAUUCAGGAAUGGAAUUGGUAUACCGAUAACAAGAGAAACCGAGCUCUCAACACGAUUUACUUUACUAUAAAUAUGCAUAACAAAUAAUAGAAUACUAAAAUAUAAAUUUACACUUAGCUAACGUAAUAUAGAUCACCCUUAUUGUGUUAACUAAACAGAUUUUUUCAAGUUUUCUCAUUUCGCGCCGAAUAAAUUAUAAAUUUAAACAGUUUGAGCCAUUUGCUUCACUGUCAAUUAAAAAAUUAAAGACGAAACAAACGAUAAAUUAAAUUAAUUCAGACUGUGGAAAAUUCUAUUAGGCCCAUUUUCAAUUUGCAUUUGUUUUGCAUCAACUAAUUGAAUUUACAAUUUGUCACAAUAAAGCUAUCUCCUAGCAAUAUUGGUUUAAAAAAAGGCAAAAAACAUAUAGAUACUAUAUAAACACAUGAAUAAAUAAUGCCUGGGUUUUGUGUGCCCAACCAACCACCGAUAUAUAAAAAUAGCAACUUGACAAUUACGCUUUAUUUAAUAUUUAUACAAGGCCGUGUUGAUUUUUUAAUGUUAACUGCAAUUCACAACAUGACUCUUGAAUUAAAUUACAUUUUUGUUAAAUUACACAGCCUAGGACAGACGUAUAUUUACACACAAACCCCCACAUAUUUUGUACACCCACACGUAUUUCAUUACACCCCCCAAGAAGAAAACCUUUAGAGGGAGGACUUCAGGAAUGGACUAAAGUUGUGCAGCGAAAUGAAAAUGUAACAUAAUAAUGGAACGGUAUCGUUUUUAUAGAAAACUCAUACACAAACAUUGAAUGCUUAAUUGUGCAUGGACAAGACAAGACAAUCAAUGUGGUUUGAUAUUUCCCUUUUUCCCCAUUUAGUUCUACACAUUGUUCUUCCAUUGUUGCUCCAAACAAAAAACAUAUUUCUCUAUGGAAAAGCCUUAAGCGAAAAACAUUAAGAUGUGAAAAAUCAAUGUUGAAACUGUUUCAUUUCAUAAUUCAACUUAGCUGGUGUUGUUUAACUGUGCUAACUGUCUAAUAGAGAAACGAAAUAUCUAAAUGUUUGGUUUCAAAGCCAUGCCAACAGUAAAUAUAACAUUUAGAGGCCUAACAGAGAUUCUGCCAUAAUUAAAUUUAGGUUGAAUCAGAGCUACAUCAAGCCUGCAACAUUUGUUUCAAGAAAAUACUCUUCCACCACUUUUCAAACAGAGGUAAAAUGUUACCUUUCCUAACAAAGAAACAAACUCCCAUCAAACGGCAAAGCCAUUCCUUCAUCAAAUAAUCUUAGCAUUAGUAAAUGUGUUUAACAAGAACCAUUUGUUGAAAAAAAAAAAACACCUAAUCUUGGCUAAAGAGAAAGCUAUGCGACCUACUCGGUAAACCACCCACAAUUUCUAACUCUUAAGAAACGAUCUAUGCAAUAUGAACGUACACUGUCCAAGAAAAAAAAGAAACAAAAGGAAAAACCGAAAUGGCAAACUUAUUGAUAUUGAUAACCUAUCAUUCGAAUUGAGGAAAGCUAAGUGUCUAACUAGUCAACAUAAUAAAUAAUGAAAUUGAAACGCUUAUACCUAAUGUUAAAACUAAAGUUAAACUAAAGAAAUUUAUUUAACCAACCGAAUUGGAAGAUAGUGUUAUGAAAUCGGUUUUAGCUGCUAAAUGUCCUGUUAGAUUACGAGAACGAGAAUCUAUACUAUGCCAUAAUUGUUACUAGCUAGAUGGAAUAAGUUUCCGAAACCAGAACUUAAUAUGUGUAACUAAAGUGUAGUAACCUAUUUUUAGCAUUACCUUUACAUUACUAUGUUAAAGUCAUUUUUCGUUUGAAACUAAAUUUAAUCCAAAUGUACCUAUAGUAAAUGUAAAUUACGAUAAUAAUUUUUCAGCCUAAGCGAUAUGUAUAUGAAAAUCCAAGAUGUUAAUUCCCCAAAGCUACCAUCAAAGAUCAUUAAAUCGAAAUCCUUAAGUUAACUAAAUAAAUUAUUAAUGCUAUCCCUCUGAAUAAUAAUACAUGAAGAGAAACUUAACAAGAGAAAACGUGGUUAGUGAUUUGGAUUGGUUAUAAGUAAAUGAUAGGAGAACCCUCUAAGCGUUUAUUAAAAUAAUACAACUACAAUAACUAUUCUAAAGUACGUCAUGACAAAUCCAUCUAUGUGUAAAUUUAUAAAUUUAAUUCAUUUAAUUGUCUAAAGAUCCUGUUAAUUCCCUUAAGCAUUCAUUAAACCAACCAAUUUAAAAAAAACCAAGGAUCUAUUUGUUGUCAACUAUCCAAAGAAACAUAAAUGGUUAACUUUGCUAAAAAAUAAAAAAUAAAUAUGAUAAAUCAACUAAAAUGUACCUUUAGUUAAAUAUUGUCAACUUAGAAAAAACCUAAUCAAAGUUAAGUUUAGUAGAUCCCAUAAAAGCCUAAGUUCUGGAACACCUUCAGUGGAAUUUCGUUGUACCUAAGUUUUUGGUCUGAUAAAUAAGACAUAAAAUUAAACGACAGACAAAAAUAAAACAGUUCUUAUGCCACUUAAUAUAAUAACAAAACAAAAAAGAAAUUGAAACCAAGCCCAAACACAAAAUGGGUAAAGAGUAAAACAAAUAAACA